GCCCCACCGGGCGCAUGCGCAUCCGCGCACGGCCUGCCGGGAUUUGUAGUUUCGGUGCGGCGGGCCCGGCGCGUCCAGUGGCUGCGCUCAGGUGUUGAAGCGACCAAAGGCCGAGGCGGAAGUGGGCGACCAACCCGGGAAGCGAAGGCACGGGGUUGGCGGUCGCGAGGCGCCGAAGAGGGGCGCAGGGCUUAGGAAGGGCGCGUGCGCGACGACAGGCCCCCGGGGAGGAGGCAGGGCAAGGCCGGGCGUCGGGGCCGGUGGUCCGGGCAUCAAGCCUGGAAGAUGCACAGGAGGAAGGGACCCCCGGGACCCCCAGGCCGAGGCGCCGCUGCCGCCCGCCAGAUGGGCCUGCUGGUUGACCUCUCCCCAGAUGGCCUGAUGAUCCCUGAGGACAGUGUUAACAAUGAGGAACUGGAGGCUGAGUUCUUGGCCUUGGUGGGGGGCCAGCCCCCAGCCCUGGAGAAGCUUAAAGGCAAAGGCCCCCUGCCCAUGGAGGCCAUCGAGAAGAUGGCCAGAUUGUGCAUGAGAGACCCGGACGAGGAAGAGGAGGAGGGGACAGAAGAGGAGGACGUGGAGGCGGAUGACGACCUGAUUGCAGAGCUGAACGAGGUCCUUGGAGAAGAGCAAAAGGCGUCGGAGCCCCAGCCACCUGUGGCCCAGACGAAGCCCUCAGCCCCCUCCCCGGGGGUGGAGGCCACCUUGCAGGAGAGGCUGGCGCUCUACCAGACAGCAAUGGAAAGUGCCAGGCAAGCUGGAGACAGCGCCAAGAUGCGGCGCUAUGACCGGGGGCUUAAUACGCUGGAAAACCUGCUGGCCUCCAUCCGGAAGGGCAACGCUAUCAACGAAGAGGACAUCCCACCGCCCGUGGCCAUAGGGAAGGGCCCAGCAGCCAUGCUCAGCCAUAGCCUUGCACCCACCCAGCCAGCCCCUUCAAUCCCACCAGCCACGGAGCCCAGGGUCACCCUGGAGGGUCCUCCUCCCACCGCCCCAGCCUCAUCCCCAGCCUCAGUCAAGCCCCAGCUGCCGCCAGGUCCCUGCAGCCCUAGCCCCCCGGCCCAGCUGCAGAGCCACCAGCAUGAAUACAAGCUGGCUGCCCUCCAUGCCAAGCAGCAGGGAGAUAUGACUGCCGCCGCCAGAUACUUCCGCGUGGCCAAGAGCUUUGAUGCCAUCUUGGAGGCUCUGAGCCGGGGGGAGCCCGUGGACGUGUCCCGCCUACCCCCUCCACCUGACCAGCUGCCCCCAGACCCACCAUCACCAACACCACAGCCUCCAACUCCUGCUACAGCACCCACUACACCAGAGGUCCCCCCAGCCCCAAGGACCCUGCUGGAGGCUCUGGAACAGCGGAUGGAGCGGUACCACAUGGCCGCGGCCCAAGCCAAGAGCAAAGGCGACCAGCGCAAGGCUCGCAUGCAUGAGCGCAUCGUCAAGCAAUACCAAGACGCCAUCCGAGCCCACAAGGCUGGCCGAGCAGUGGAUGUGGCAGAGCUGCCUGUGCCCCCAGGCUUUCCCCCCAUCCAGGGCCUGGAGGCCACUGAGCCCUCCCCGCAGAGCCUGGUGGGUGUCCUGGAGACUGCCAUGAAGCUGGCCAACCAGGAUGAAGGCCCAGAGGAUGAAGAGGAUGAGGUGUCUAAGAAGCAGCAGAACAGCCCUGCGGCCUCCACGGUCCAGCCCAAGGCCCCAUCCUCAAGGGUUCCCCAGUCAGGACAAGCCUCUGCAGCCAAAGCAGCCCCCAAAGGCGCAUCCACCAGAGCCCAGCAACAAUUGGCUUUCCUGGAGGGCCGCAAGAAGCAGCUCCUACAGGCCGCGCUGCGAGCCAAGCAGAAAAAUGAUGUGGAGGGUGCCAAGAUGCACCUGCGCCAGGCCAAGGGACUGGAGCCCAUGCUGGAGGCCUCGCGCAAUGGGCUGCCCGUGGACAUCGCCAAGGUGCCACCUGCCCCCAUCAACAAGGACGACUUUGCCCUGGUUCAGCGGCCUGGCCCCGGCCUGUCUCAGGAGGCCAUCCGGCACUAUGGUGACCUCACCAAGCUGAUAAGGCAGCAGCAUGAGAUGUGUCUGAACCACUCUAACCAAUUCACCCACCUGGGCAACAUCGCUGAAACCAGCAAGUUCGAGAAGCUGGCAGAAGACUGUAAGCGAAGCAUGGACACCCUGAAACAAGCCUUCGCCCGGGGUCUCCCCACACCUGCCGCCCGCUUUGAGCAGAGAACCUUCAGUGUCAUCAAGAUCUUCCCUGACCUCAGUAGCAACGACAUGCUCCUAUUCAUCAUGAAGGGCAUCAGCUUGCCCACGCCCGCAGGUGAGGGGGCUGGAGGCUGGGGUCAGGGUCGUGGGCACCACUCUCUGCCUAGCUGUGACCCUCUUUUGUCCACAGGGCUGUCCCCUGGCGACCUGGAUGUCUUUGUUCGGUUCGACUUCCCCUAUCCCAAUGUGGAAGAAGCUCAGAAAGACAAGACCAACGUGAUCAAGAACACUGACGCCCCUGAGUUCAAGGAGCAGUUCAAACUCUGCAUCAACCGCAGCCACCGCGGCUUCCGACGGGCCAUCCAGACCAAAGGCAUCAAGUUCGAAGUGGUCCACAAGGGGGGGCUGUUCAAGACCGACCGGGUGCUGGGGACAGCACAGCUGAAGCUGGAUGCCCUGGAGACAGCGUGCGAGGUUCGGGAGGUCCUUGAGGUCCUGGAUGGUCGCCGCCCCACAGGGGGGCGGCUCGAGGUGAUGGUCCGGAUUCGGGAACCGCUGACAGCCCAGCAGUUGGAGACAACAACUGAGAGGUGGCUGGUCAUCGACCCUGUGCCAGCAGCUGUGCCCACACAGGUUGCUGGGCCCAAAGGGAAGGCCCCCGCUGUGCCUGUCCCUGCAAGGGAGCUAGGAAACAGAUCAGCCCGGAACCUGCACAGCCUCAGCGUGCUGGCCUUCGACCAAGAGCGUCUGGAGCGGAAGAUCCUGGCCCUCCGGCAGGCACGGCGGCCAGUGCCCCCAGAAGUGGCCCAGCAGUACCAAGACAUCAUGCAACGCAGCCAGUGGCAGAGGGCACAGCUGGAACAGGGAGGCGUGAGCAUCCGGCGGGAGUACGCAGCCCAGCUAGAGCGGCAGCUGCAGUUCUACACGGAGGCUGCACGGCGCCUGGGCAAUGAUGGCAGCAGGGAGGCUGCCAAGGAGGCGCUGUACAGGCGGAAUCUGGUCGAGAGUGAGCUGCAGCGGCUCCGCAGGUGAGGGCCCGACGGGGCAGGCGGCCCCUGGAGGAGCAGGUAGCAGACCCAUGGCCCAGGGAAGAGCUGACAUGGCCACCCACCGGACACGUAGACAAUCAGCAGACAGUCGGCCUCCAGCCCAGCCAGAGCCUCCCUGCUGGGAGUGUCGGGACGAUGCUGGCCAGCCCCUCACCCAGGCCUGGCUGGGGGCCCCCGAGAGUCCUGUUUGCACAGUCCAGGGGUGUGUGGCUUCUGGCCUGCCCCAGAGAGGAGAGGGCAGCUGGGACAAGCCCCAAGGGCCCUUGUGAGCACUUUACUUCCUGUCCCUCCCUGGCCUUAACCCCGAACCCUCCUAUACCCCAAAGAAGCGCUGAGGCUGGCAGGGGGUUGCCCUGGCCCAGCUGGACCCCCAGGACCAACACUCAGAAUAAACAGCCAGGGCCACACCCGGCUCAGCUCUG